CCGGCAGUAGGUCGUUUAUUGCAUCAACCGUGGACGUAGAAUAAUCAAUCCGUCCAUUUCUUCUAUCUCAUCCGUUCAUUGUUACAGAACGUUCCAAAACGGAUACAGAUGGCCUACAGAUCUCCUCUAUAUUUUCUAGUUAAAUUCCAUAUAAAGUGUGUCCAGAAAUAAAAAUGUGAAAGGCAAAGUGUGCUUGAUUUACUUAUCGACUAUUCCUGAUAUGGUAGCUUGCCAUAAUGACACGAACGAAGGAAAAAAUCCUCCACGACAACAAACCCCUGAACUCGACUUUCUACCACCACAAGUCGCACCAAACCACGCUGCUCAAAGGGCUGAACUCGCUGUGGGAAAAGGGCGAGCUGCUGGACGUCACCCUGAUCAUCGAAGGGCAGCUUUUCAAGGCCCACAAGGCUGUUCUAUCGGCAUGCAGCGAUUAUUUCCGUGCCAUGUUCACAAAUAACAUGCUAGAGUCCAGACAGGAUGAGAUCUGUCUCAAUGGAAUCACCGCUGUCGGGUUCCAUCAAAUACUCGAAUACGCUUACACGUCCAGGAUUAUGCUUAAUUUAGGGAAUAUACAGGAUGUUCUGGAGGCGGCGUCGCAUAUUCAAAUGGAACCGGUUAUCCAGGCCUGCUCCAAGUACCUACUCUCGCAGAUUGACAUCGACAAUUGCAUUGAUAUUGCGACAAUAGCCGAGAUUUACUCGUUGGAAAAAUUAAGAUUGAUGGUUUAUAGAUUUAUGAGCGAGCAUUUGUUGGAGUUUUCAAAUUCUAAAGAGUUUUAUAGACUGACGCCGCAACAGUUGGAAAAUCUUCUAGCGCUUGAUUUUCCGGUUGAUUGUUCCGAAGCCGACGUUUUGAGGAUCGUUUUGGCCUGGUUUUUCCACGUCGAUACCUCCAAAAGGGAUCUACGAAUUUCCUAUGCCAUGCGAAUAAUUCAUUACAUUCACUUCAAAGAAAUUUCCCGUCGAAAAUUGGAUAGUAUCUUGAAUAAGAUCUUUCAGGACCGCAACUGCGAAUGGGAACUUUACAAAGUGAUUUUAUCAGAAGCUUACAUUCAAACUAACUCAAAUAAAAUUACAUCCAACUCAAAUUUACUCAACUCGCGUGGGAUGGAAUUAGCGGUAUUAAAAAUCGGGGGCUUCGGAAUCAGCGGAAUAACCAACGAAAUCACUUAUUGCUUCUCAAGCGAAAGAAAAUGGAAGCAUUUGACCACAAUCCCCCACCUGGAGCAAUGCAACUUCGGCACGGCGGUCCUCAACAACGAGCUCUACAUCGUCGGGGGCUGCUUCAACCAGUCCCUCCAGGAGAACAUCCACCCCUUCGGCUUCAAGUACAGCCCCCGGUACGACAAGUGGUCCACCAUGUCCCCCAUGAAGAUCGAGCGAUGCCGCUUCUCGCUGAACGUCCUCAGCAACAUGCUGUACGCAGUGGGGGGCGCCAGCGAGGUGGACGAGUACGGCACCAGCACGUGCGAGUGCUACGACCCCGUGCUGGACAUGUGGUACAUGAUAGCCCCCUUGCCGGCGCACAUCACGCAGCACGCGGGCGCGAGCUACGAGCACAACCUCAGUUUGAAGCUCUUCGUCAGCGGGGGCAUGGACCGCGACUCCAUCCAGUCCGCCAUGUACUGCUACGCGGUGAGCGAGGACAGGUGGCAGCCCUGCGCCCCCCUGUUGCGGGCGCGGGCCGACCACGUCAUGCUCUCCAUCGGGGACUUCCUGUACGUGUGCGGGGGCUGGACCGAGGGCCCCGAGGGGCGGUCGAGGGUUCUGGUCGACACGAUUGACGUUUAUGACAUCAAGAAUGAUCGCUGGGAGGUCGUCACCACCGUGCCAACACCCCGGUAUCAUGCGGGGAUUGUGUGUGUGGAGCAUAAGAUUUACUUCAUUGGGGGGUUUUAUAGCGACGAUAUGUUUGAUAAAAGUACAGCGGCCAUAGAGUUUUACGAUAUUGAGAGCGAUUCCUGGACGACGGAGGAGAAGUAUCCGCAGGAUAUAUGGGAACAUACGUGUGCCUCGUUGUUUAUCCCCAAGUGGAGGGACGAUAUGCAGGACAUGCAGGUCAUUGCCAAAACGGAAAGCACGGUUUAAGUCUUUGGAUUUUCUUAUUUUUAUAUGUUUGGAUUUUGAGAUAAUAUAUUUAUUUUGUAAAUUAAA